AUGGCUCUCAGCGCCGCAUACCAGUCCUUCCUCGGCGCCCCCGCCACCGCGCAGCUGGCCCCGGGCGCCUCGCUCCACUACGUCCCCACCACCACCACCGUGACGGAGCCCACCGCCAUCCUCAAGCACCUGGUCGCCCAGGGCAAGCUCUUGAAGAAGAAGGCCGAGAAGAUCCUCAGCACCAUUGAGAGCAGCAAUGGCCUCUGCCUCGAUGUCGAGACCACCCUGGAGCUCGUCAACGGCGGCGGCGCCUACCUCCCGGGCCUGGAUGACAAUUUCAUUGCCGACCGCACCGUGACGUUCCCUGUGAUCCACAUUGUCCAGUUCGACGCCGAGCACAAGAUCGUCUCGAUUCGCAUGCACUGGGACCAGGCCUCGCUUCUCAAGCAGGUCGAUGUCAUCGGCGCCCGCGCGCGCAACUGGCCCAUCCGCGACGCCAAGGACCAGAUCCGCCUCAUCAACGUUUGCGCCGCCAGCGCUCCCGCCGCUUCCAGCGCUCCUUCCCGCCGCAACACCUCGGCAGGCGACAGUGAGAACGGGAGCAGGCCCCAGACCAGCAGGAGCAACACCAGUGCCACUACCGACCCUCACGCGAGCUUGUCUCUGUUUGCGCCUCGUGAGGAGGAAGACGAGCCCGAGACACCCUCUGGACCCAGGGUGGAGCGCGCGAGGGCGAGCAAGCCAGUGUCGCGCGGCCUGCACGAGAUCAUCUCCCCCGAGCACCAGGCGCCUGAGCGCAGCGCUUCUCCCGCCAAGGCCGGCGCUGCCAAGCACUACCACCCGAUCAGAAUCUUUGAGAAUGAAGGCGAGACGCAGGAGGAGGAACCCGCGCAUCGCGGCAUCAAAUCCAACGCGAAGAAGUAUAACCACUUCGAGUUCGGCGAGGGCGAGGAUGCUCCCCAGGCCGAGCAGAGGCCGGCCUCCAAGUCCAAGAAGCACACGCCGCAAUGGGGAUUCGAGGACUUUGCGACCCCCGAGAAGACGCGCACCAAGAUCCUGCCACAGCACACCAAGUCAAUCGGAUGGAGUGACGACGAGGAACCCGAGGAAUCUCCCGUCAAGCGUCCCGUGGUGCACCAGCCGCGCAAGGAUGCCAGGACUCACUUCGACUUUGACGACGAAGCUACCCCUGUGGCUCAGAGGACCAAGGAAGUCAGCGGCAAGGGCAACAAGCACAGCAAGGGUCUUGGUCUCUACCAGGACCCCAUCCUUGACGAGGAGGAAGAGAUGGGCAAGAAUGGCCCGCUCCGCGAGACCAGCAAGAACACCAACUCCAACAAGCACAUUGGCAGUUCUUUCGAAAUCAGUGACGACAGCCCCAACCCAUCCCACGUUGCCAAGCCGAACAAUGAGAACACCAACGGCGGCGGGAUGAAGAAGCUGUACCAGGACCUGGACGCCAACUGGGAAUCCACCGACAAGCCCGCCCGCAAGGAGCGUGGCAUCAACAUUGGUGGUGACGGAAUGGGUGGCAAGAAGGGCAGCAACCGCGACUGGAUGUUUGGAGAGGACGACGCUGAGGAGGACAAGGGGAGGAGCACCAUCACCGGCAGGAAGAUCACUACGAUGAGGGACCCCAACAAGACUUCCGGGGGUUCCUUCUGGGAUUUCUAA